CAUGUUUGUGUGCAAGACUUGAUGUUGUACUUUGAUCUCUUUUGGAUGGACACAUAACAAGUUAACAGUGAUUUGCAACUUUUAUAUUCUAUAUUGUUGAUUAUCUUAUAGCGCUGUGCGAUCAAACACUUUUACUCCGUAAAAAUGAUUAACACAGGGAAACUUGCUGGUUGCACUAUUUUCAUAACCGGUGCGUCAAGAGGUAUCGGCAAAAGUAUUGCCCUCAAGGCUGCGCAAGACGGUGCUAAUAUUGUUUUGGCAGCUAAAACUGCUGAACCCCACCCUAAGCUACCUGGAACUAUUUAUUCAGCUGCUGAUGAAGUUGAAAAGGUUGGUGGAAAAGCUCUACCAUGUAUAGUUGAUGUAAGAGAUGAAACUCAAGUUGCCAAUGCUGUUAAAAAUGCAGUUGAUAAAUUUGGAGGAAUUGAUAUUCUAGUCAAUAAUGCCAGUGCAAUUUCUCUGACUGAUACUUUGAAUACUGAAAUGAAGAGAUAUGACCUCAUGAAUCAAAUCAAUGCAAGAGGAACUUUUCUAGUGUCAAAGCUUUGUCUACCUCAUCUGUUGAAAAGUAAAAAUCCACACAUAAUCAAUUUAAGUCCACCUCUAAGUAUGCAUCCAAUCUGGUUCAAGAAUCAUAUUGCCUAUACAAUAGCAAAAUAUGGUAUGUCUAUGUGCGUUCUUGGAAUGGCAGAGGAAUUUAAAGAUCGAGGAGUUGCUGUUAAUGCUCUGUGGCCUAAGACUGCUAUUCAUACUGCAGCCAUGGAAAUGUUGGCUGGUUCAGAAUCAGCGAGAACUAGUCGAAAACCAGAAAUUGUAGCUGAUGCUGCUUAUGCUAUUAUGUGCAAGGACAGUAAAGCUGUGACUGGCAAUUUCUUUGUUGAUGAAGAUAUAUUGAGGAAUGAAGGUGUUAGUGAUUUUGUUCAGUAUGCUUGUGAUCCAUCAAAUGCUGAUAACCUUAUGCUGGAUUUCUUCCUAGAUAUCGACAAAAUAGACCCAAGAAUGGUUGAAAAAGAAGUGCAACGGCAUCAGAAAUUAAGUCAAGCAAAUGGAGGAAGUGGUGGAAAAAUUGAAAUGAUAUUUGCUGCAAUUGACAAAAAUUUGAGCAAUGAACUUGUGACCAAAACUGGAGCUAUCUUCCAGUUUAAUGUUAAAGGUGAUGAAGCUGGAAUUUGGUAUUUGGAUCUGAAGAAUGGCAAAGGCUCUCUUGGUAAAGGUGAACCGCCAAACUCCCCUGCAGAUGCUACAUUGACAAUGGAUUCUGCAAACUUUUUUGCUAUGUUUUCAGGGAAAUUGAAACCAGCAACCGCAUUUAUGAUGGGAAAAUUGAAAGUGACCGGAAAUAUUCAAAAGGCCAUGAAAUUAGAAAAACUGAUGGGCAGUUUGAAAUCCAAAUUGUAAUCUAAAAAGUUACAAACAAUGUUGAUUCUUUUUAUAAGCAAAGUUUUGUAAAAAUGGUUAAAUUAGGGUGACAGCAACAAUGCAAAAUAUUUAUCUAUAAAAUUUUAUUAUAUUUUAUAUGUAAAACUUUAUAUUGAAAUAAUAAACUAUUUUAUAUAA